AUGAUAAAGAGUGUAACUGGGUCCUACCAGGGAGCUUUGAUGUGUGUGCGCAGGCGCAAUUUACCAUUUUCUAUCACAUGGGUUUGUUUAUACGUCACAAUUACGAUGAUAAAGAGUGUAACUGGGUCCUACCAGGGAGCUUUGAUGUGUGGAUUUCUCCAAAACCACUCUAUUAUUGAUAUUAUUGAAGAACAAUUCCCUGAACUGGAUGAGAAUAAAAUAACAGACACAUUUGAUCAUAUUAAAGCAUCAGUACCAGCAACUUGGAGGGAAAUUAUAGACUCCAGCUCCUUUAAUGUACAUCCUGGGGAAAAUUUCUUUAAUAUAUCCAAUAGUAAAGUGUCUCCUGACCAGCUGACAUCUAAAUUCUGUUAUAAGAUAUUAUCUAAACUUAAAGAUGCAACACCUACUGCUGUUCAUUACUGGGAGAAACAGAAUUUGGGUGUCAACUGGCCACAAACUUUUAAUAAUGUCUUUAAAAAUUAUAAAUCGCCUAAAAUGAUUGACCUAGAUUUUAGAAUUGCACAUAACGUAAUAUGGACAAUGGCCAAAUUAAAACGCAUCGAGAAAGUUGAGAGUGACCUCUGUCCAGUUUGUGGGGACGAGCCCGAAACCAUAGAGCAUUUAUUUGUAGAUUGCCUGGAUUUAAGUUUUUUUACAUACCUUAUAGAACAAAUGUUAAAGGAUAUUUUACCUUUUACUUUUACCAAUCUAGAUUUUAAAUGUUUUAUGUUAUUUGGUCUCCAACAUUUUAAUAAGUCAAUCCCCUCUGAACUUUUAAAUAUCAUUUUAUCCUGUGCUAGACAAACCAUUUUAACUAGAAGAUAUGUUUAUAUUGAUAAACCAAAUGCAAAUUUAGAUUUAGUUAUUUUAUAUAAGAAUGUUUUAGCAAAUGCACUCAUUUAUUUAAGAGAAUUUUUUCCUAAACAUGUUUUUAUACAGAAGUUUAUUUUACCUUCCUGUUUUGUAAAUAUCCAGCUUGAUAACUCAAUCAAUAUAGAAUUUUGUUAA